GCUCCGUGGUGGAUUUCCCCCUCCCUCCCCCUCCGCCCUUCCUUGCCUCCCGCUUCCUUCCCCCCUCCCCGGCUGACUUCUCCUCGGUCAGGACACCACCCCUCUCGAUGGCUGCCGCGCGCCAUGCCCUCUGGCUCGACGGGUCAGUGGCCCUUCCAUUAAAGGCUCUGCUUGAUGAGGCCAUUCGCCAGGCGAUAGGUGCUCAGGCCGGUGGCUUGGAUGUCAUCAUCGCCCGGCUGGUGCCUGACGCUGAGGAUGGCACCCGGGCCGCGGUUUGUUCGAGGACUUCCAGCCUGCAAGACCCGAGCGGCGGGUUCGAUCGCUUCGCCGAGGCCCUGGCCCGGAUGUAUGGCCUCACGACGGGCAUGUGUGCCAGGCUGCACCAGCCGCUCUUCCCGGUGCGCAUUCUCUUCGAGGGGCCCAUCGUGCGAUCGCCGCCCGGGCCCGGGCCGCGCCAUCUGCCCGAGUACCAGCACCCGGAGCCCGGUGUGGCCCUUGUCCACGAGGAGCCCCUGUCGUCAUUGACGUCGGGGUCUCCGGCGGCGCCGGGGCCCAGCCUGCUGCCCCUGGCCGGGGUGACAUACUCCUGCCUGUAUGUUCCCCCGGGCUGCGGUGGCGCUGGCCAGGAGGAGGCGGCGGUGGCCGGGCUGUCGGCGCGGGGCAUCCCCCGGCCGCCUGUCAUCCUGCCGGUGUCGGGCCCCGAUCCCGGCACAGGGGCCCAGCCGGGGGAGGCCCCGCUGCGCGAUCUUUUCCGGCUGGACUGGGCGCCGGCUUGGUCCCGAUGCCAACAGCGCGUGGGCUGUGGCGGGGCCUUUGACCAUUUGCACGCCGGGCAUCGGGUUUUGCUCACGAUGGCGUGGCUGUCGGCCGACGCCACGUCGCUGGUUGGUGUCACCGACGACAAUAUGAUCCGCCACAAGGCCGACGUGGAGCAUGCCCAAUCGGCUGCCGAGCGCCGGCGCGGCGUGGCCAGCCUCCUGGCCGCACUGACCCUGCUCGGUCGGUCCCGGCCCGGGGACCGGGCCACCACGGCGCCGCCCUCCUGGGCCGUGGUGCCCAUCUCCGAGCCGCUCGGGCCCACGCGAGAUGACCCCCUGCUGACGGCGCUCGUCGUGUCGCGGGAGACCGCCUCCGGGGGGCAAAUGAUCAACGACGUCCGGGCGGCGGCCGGGCUGUCCAUCCUACGGGUGUUCACAGUGCCCCUGGUCCCGGGCGAGGGGCCAGAUGACAAGGUCUCCUCGACGUACCUGCGCCGAGUGCUGGCCCAGGCCGCGGCUGCCGCCGAGGCGCGAGGCACCGCGGCGCCUGCCGGGCCCCCCUCCGGGCCGCUUGCCAGCCCGGCCCCCGCCGCUGGCGCCCGGCCAAGUGCCCCGGACCGCUUGUAAGAGGCCAAUAAAAUAUCCCCCCCCCCCCGCC